UCAACAGAUAUGCACUGCAGCUUUAGGCUUAUUGUACCUCCAGUGUGUCAGGUUUCUCAACACUGGAAGGGAAGACUACUGUUUUACAAACUGUUUUUAUUCUUAUUAAAAAUCCAUGUAAAGCAGUUAACUAUUUUCUCUACGACUUUAAGGAAUUUUUCUUUUGUUUGUUUUUUGGCCCAGCCUCUUUCAUGAGUCAUUACUUUCUUUUUGCAGGUAUUAAUGGCUUAGAAGAAAUGCUACUUUACUCAUGGAAAAUCCAGACAUAUAGAUCUUCAGGAUUUUCUGCUUGUUCCUGGUACUGCAUGUUCAGCGUGUGUGAAAGUGUUAACAUUUAAUGGGAAAGAAAGAAAUGAAGAAACAUGGCAUUUGUGGCAGCCGCUGCCUGGGUCCCAUGAAAUUCCUUUCAGGAGCGGAAGGAAACGCAAGGUCUCUCGCUUCCAAGGACACCACAUCCUGCACAGGCCGACUCGCUUUUCUUUGUCGUUCUGUAAAAGUAAAUGAGAAGGUCAGGAUACAGUUCGAAAGCUUGCCACAAGACGAACACAGAGCUAUCGGGAUCGGCUUUACAAAUGACUCACCAUUAACCCCUACAAGGACCCAGAGGCACAGGACACGAUCCUGCUUGGUGCCUCUUCCUGAGGACUUGUGCUUGCCUUUUGCAGAAAUUGAGUUUUGGGUAAACUAUGCAGUGUAUGUGAUCAUCCGGGCAAGCGAUCGGACAAAAUAUUACAUGAAAGCAGAAGGACUAAAUCUUCAUGAGCCGAUUUUUGUUUUCCUGGAUUUUUGUGGGAGUACGAGCAAAGUGCGUCUCUUGGGUUCGAGGAAGGGGAGUCGCACAUCCUGCCCUGUUUAUCUGUCAGGCCUAGCUAAUGGAAUAGAAACAAAGGAGCAAGCACUUGCAGAGAACCUUCUUAACCUCAAGCUCAUCUCUGAUGAUAAUGCAAAUUCAGACCAAACAGUUUCCAGAGAAGCACCACCAAGUCACACGACAUCACAUACUUUUGAAACAGCAUCUACUCAACGAUCAGCUCCAGCCAGAAACAGAGGUUUAAAGAGAAGACAUCAGUCCUCAGUGGAGGAGUCGGAUGUGACGUCAUUGCUGAGAACAUUUCAACAGCAGUAUCUCAUCUCCAGUGAGCUCCAUGUGAUGGUCUCGAGGAAAAGGCUUUUAAAGAGCGUGCUCGAUGCUCUAUCCAACAAAAACUUCUCCUGGACUAAAAAACCGCAUAUUGAGUUUGUUGGCGAGGAGGCUUUUGAUAAUGGUGGCCCCAGAAGGGAGUUUUUUAGACUCCUGAUGAUUGAGGUACAAAGCAGUAUGGGUAUUUUUGAGGGAAAACCAAAACACUUGCUCUUCACUUAUGACCAGGCUGCUUUGCAGCAGCGCAAAUAUGAACAAGCCGGGAAGCUGGUAGCUUGGUCCAUCAUUCACGGAGGGCCAGGACUUACAGCUCUGGACACUCAUCUUUACCAGCUUAUGUGCGGUGCAGAGAUGGAACUGACGGAUUUUGACUGCCGUCUCAUUCCAGAUGCGGAUGUCCAAAGCAAAGCACGUAAAAUCUUAUCUUGUACGACAGCUGAACAUAUUUGUGCUCUGCAAAGAGAAUUAGGAGACUGGAUCUGUGAUUGUGGAUUCCCGGGCAUUUACAGACCAAAUGUUUGCAUCGAAGAUGUUCCGAAGAUUUACUCUUAUAUCGUGAGGCACCAUGCUUAUCUCAGGGUGUUGAAUAUGAUCAACCAGUUCACGGAAGGCUUGAACUCCUGCGGAAAGCUGUGGGAUAUUGUGAAGACAAACUGGAUCGAUUUCCUGCCCGUUUUCACCAAAACGAGCGACCGGAUAUCGCGGGCCACCUUCAGAUCCCUUUUUGAAAUCAGCUAUAGUGCGCAAGGUACGAAGAGGAGAGAGGAAGAAGAGGAAACUGUGUACUGCUGGGAGCUGAUGCUGAAGAUGAUCGAGGAUAAAGAAACCAAGUUGCGUUUCGAAGAGCUGCUUGUUUUUAUCACAGCUGCAGAUGAGAUUCCAGUGUUGGGAUUCCCCGAAAAACUCAGUAUCCACUUUUACCAACAAGAGACAAGAGGCUUACGUCUGCCGUACACUUCCACAUGCAUGAUGGGACUUUUCCUUCCUCGAGGUGUAAGGAGUCAUGCAGAGCUCAACAAGAUGCUGCUGAGAGCGGUCAGAGACUCGAGUGGAUUUGGAAAAACAUGACUGAAUUUGAAUACAAAACUAGGUGUUGGUAUCGCUGUACUAUUAAAAAUUGUAAGCAUUCAUUCGUUUUUCUGCAGGGGUUUGUGUGACCCUCAAUGGACUUCCUGUUGUUGUGCCAAGAGGAACUGAGCUUGUUUUUUAAGGCUCAGGUUUUUUUUUUUUUUUUGGUUUUUGUUUUUAAUCAUAAGACCAUAGUCAAAGGGAAAACACCAAUAUUUCUGUAGUAUUGAAUGUACAAAUCUUUGGGGUUUGUAUAGCAUUGUAUAAAAGAAGACCUGAAUGAAGGAUAUCAUUUUUUUAUAUCAUUUUUGGACUACAAAUAAAAAAACAAAAAAUUUGUAUGUUGUUAUAUUUAUGGUUAUUUGCAUAAACAUGCCUCUGCAUAGCUAUAAUACUGUUGAUAGUGAAAAUAAAAAUCCAUAUAUUU